AGUCGUUCCAACAGAAGGAAGGUUGGAGUCGAUACGAUACGAUACGAUACUACGACGGCGCAACUCCCGUCCCGUGCACACAGCUCACGAACGGGGAAUGCGUCGCGCGGCCGGGAACGGGUCCUUGUCGAUGCCGCAACCUUUCUGCGUCGAAAUUCUUCCAGACCUUUCGUUUCGCCAUUACUCCCCCUGAUGUGAUGACAAGAGACCAUCCGCCCCCGCAGCAACUGCACGGCUGCGGCUGCUACUGAGGCUGCGGCACACAGGGUGGGAGUGGGGAGUGGGAAUGCGCCGCGCCGUGCAGUACCGAGAGCGAGGCACAUGGUUUCAGUGCCGCGGAUAGAGAAUUCCACGCGCACAGGCACAGCGCCACGGUGCGCGUACGUUUCAGUACGCCGCCUGGGCACCGCCUAAAUGCACCGGCCUCGUCCAGUCGUCCGCGAAAGGGCGGUGGUGCGUAUGCGUUCCCUCCCUCCCGACCCGGGCUCUGCUGCCUCUCGUGAUCUCGUCGCGGACCGCUUCCCACCCAAGAUUUCCACUAGUUUGACCUCCCGACCGGGUUCUAGCCGUUCCCUCCUCCUCCUCCUACUCCACCCCGCAGUUCAACGGCAGGCAGCGUCAGGUUCUUGAUCGAGUUGCUCCCUUCCCUUCCUUACCCGCCGCCGCGGCCCACGGUGCACGUGCAUGGGCUGCAAGGGCUCCAAGCACGCGCUGCAUGGGGCCACUGGACUGCCGGCGCGGGCGCCAGAGCCGCAGAGCCGAUCGGGCCGCUGGGCCCCGCCGCGGCACUCCGUCGCGCUGCGCUCGUCCACGCUCGGGACGCUCAGCCUCGACCGCGCCGCCGCGGCCGUCGCGGCGGCGGGCCUUUCUUUCGACGCUGCAGGACGAGGCGCCGGCGGCGGGGACGAGUCGGGCACGAUGACGAAGGCCGGCGGCAGCGACGGCGUCGACGGUGGCGCAGGGACCAAGCUGUUGGGGCCGUCGCUCGGCGGAUGGCGCCCGAAGAGGGUGGAGGCGCCGCGGAGGGCCGUCGCGCCGCGGACGCCGAGCAAGACGCCGGGGCGCGACCCCGAGGAGAUCAACGUGUGGGAGCUCAUGGAGGGUCUCGACGACGACGACGAGGAGGACGAAGCGACGGACGACAACGUCCGCGGCGUCGGCGACGGCGACGGCGUCGAGCGGAAGGCGCAGUCGGCGCCCGGGUCCCCCGCGCACCCGGUGCUCGACCCGGACCUCCUGGACGCGUUCCGGAAGGCGCUCGACGACCUGACGGCGACGCCAGCAGGCUCGCCUUCGCCACUUCCUGGUUCCGCCGCGAAACGCAACGGCGGAGGCGGCGGCGGCGACGUCGAGACGCGCGGAAUCCCGACGUUCCCGGGCAUCGUGCGGGCGCGGGUCGACGUGUUCCAGGAAAAGAUCAACGCCAGGAGUAGGACGAGGACGAAGCUAGCCAGGAAGGCCUCUCCGCCGGCGCCGGCGCCGGACAGCGCGGGCCGAGUCGUCGUGUACCUCACCAGCCUCCGCGGGGUCCGGCAGACGUACGAGGACUGCUGGUCCACGAGCGCGCUGCUCCGCGGAUACGGCGUCCGCGCCGACGAGCGCGACCUGUCCAUGCACGCCGGGUUCAAGGACGAGCUCCGCGCCGCGCUCGCGCUCGGCGACGGAGGCCGCCUGCCGCCGCUCCCGCAGGUGUUCGUGGACGGCCGGCGUCUGGGCGGCGCCGAGGAGGUCCGCCGCCUGCACGAGGCCGGGGAGCUCGGGGCGGCCCUCGGCGUCUGCGACGCGGCGCCGUGCACCGCCGCCGCCAAGGGAGGCGCCGGCGCGCAGGACGCCUGUGCCGCCUGCGGCGGGGUGCGGUUCGUGCCGUGCGACGGGUGCUCUGGCAGCUGCAAGGUGUUCGUGGAGGACGAGGAUGAUGCCUGUGCCUCCCGUGGCGGAGCGUUCAGGCGGUGCCCCAAGUGUAACGAGAACGGGCUAGUGAAAUGCGUCGUUUGCUAGAGGAGUGGCGGGUUUGCAAAAAAAAAAAAAAAAAUUUGCGAGUUUGUGUGGAGUUUUUUACAGCUCCAUUCUUGUUUGAUUUGAUGAGCGGUCUCGAUCGUGAUCGACUACUUGUACAGCAGAUCAACAGAAAACAAACGACCAUUUGGAUUUCGAUGAGAA